AUGGCUAACCAGUGUUGUUCAUGUAAACAUGGCCUCAUCUUCUUCCUCCUCGCCUUGCUUCUGCAACGCCUUGAUACCAGCGUAGCAUCAGCAGCGGGAUGGCAACCCAUGCAAUGCGACGCUGUAUCGAUGAACCCUUCAUGCAGCAGCUCGUUCCUUUACGCCACCUCGGAAGGGCGUAACCUGUCCGAAAUAGCCGCCGUCUUCAACGCUACCGCGUCGACGACGGCUCUCCUCUGGCCGAUCAAGCGGCCCUCCGGUGAGGUGGACGUGCUGGUGGCUGUGCCCUGCGCGUGUGAGGUGAUCAACGCCACCAUGAGUGCUCUCUUCCAUGACACUCGAUAUGUGGUGAAGCCAGGAGAUACACCUGAUAAAGUCAAUCGCGGGAUCUUCAGUGGGCUCGCAAUGAACUUUGGUGAUGGCUACCCUCUGAUUUCAGGUAACACAGUAACAGUUCACCUGCCGUGUGGGUGUUCCUCCGCAGCAUCCAAGGGUGUGGUGUCCUAUGCAGUGCAGGAGGAGGAUACCCUGCCUAAGAUUGCAAGCCUGUUCAGAUCAACUUCCCAAGAUAUCUUAAACUUGAACCCGAGCUUGACGAAUCCCGACUUUGUUAAACCAGGGUCGAUCUUGUUUGUCCCAAUUGGAGUUGAUGAUUCCUUGUGA